AUGUGCGACUGCUUCCACAUGGUGCUGCCCACCUGGCCCGGAGCCCCCGGCAGCGUGUCUGGCCGGCAGCUGCAGCCCGGGGAGCCAGAUGCAGAGACCGAGGAGGACCACUCUGUGACUGAAGGGCCUGUGGACGAGACCGUUCGGCCACGGCCACAGGGGUCCUCACCUGUCUACGAAUACGCCACUGAGGGUACUGGCUUCGGACCCCUGGAAGACACGCCGAGCAGGCAAGCCUCCUCAGGGAGGCGGAGAUCCUGGUGGAAGCGAGAUUCAGGGGACUCACGGACAUUUUCCAGGAUGAGCCAUCCAGAGUCCAUGCAGGAGGCGACAGAAGUGACACUGAAGACCGAGGUGGAGGCUGGAGCCAGUGGCUACAGCGUCACCGGCGGUGGGGACCAGGGGAUCUUUGUCAAGCAAGUGCUAAAGGAUUCCUCGGCUGCCAAGCUCUUCAGCCUGAGAGAAGGGGACCAGCUGCUCAGCGCAACCAUAUUCUUUGACGACAUUAAAUAUGAAGAUGCUCUCAAAAUCCUCCAGUACUCAGAGCCGUACAAGGUUCAGUUCAAAAUCAGACGGAAACUUCCUGCCAGAGAGGACGAGGCGUGGGCUUCUGGCGGUUUGCAGCGCGGCCCGCAGGGCAGUGAGAAGCAGGACGAGGAUGUCACUGAUGGGUCCACAGAGACCCCCACGAAGACGCUGGAAGGAGGUGGAGACCAAGAGAGACUCAUCUCAAAGCCCAGGGAGGGCAGAGGCAGGCGGCCCCAGAAGGAGCGGCUCUCCUGGCCCAAAUUCCAAACAAUAAAGAGCAAGCGUGGCCCAGGACCCCGAAGGUCACACAGCUCCUCUGAGGCCUAUGAGCGGGGGGAUGUGCCUGAUGUGUCCCCCACGAGCACAGACACAGAGGCCCAGCUCCCAGCAGAGGAGCAGGAACAGAAGGCAGGGCCAGGUAGCCAGCGGAGGAGGAGGUUCCUGAACCUGAGAUUCAGGGUGGGCUCAGGGAAGGGCCCGUCACCAGUGGGGCGACCGGGCAGAGGGGCCCGGGGUGAAGCAGUCCAGACUGGGGUCCUGGAGGAGACAAGACCUGGGGAUGACAGACGAGAGGACAUGGAGGCCGCUGCACACGUCAGGAGAGAGGACAGGACAGAAGAGGUAAAAGAGGGGGUUCCUGCUCUGAGCCCACAGUGGCCCACAGAGCCUGGCCGCCCCAGAGAGGGAGCCGUGGGGGAAGGGACGAGCAUGGCACCCAGACACCCAAGGAAAACGAAGGAGGCACAGGUCCAGGAAGAGACAGUGCCUCAAGGGAAACUCGAGGCGGGUCCAGCCCUAGGACAGAAUGGGGAGGCCCAGAGAGAAGGAGUACAGGGGCUGGAAAUUGGCAUUGCCAGGUUGUCUCUGAAAGACGUCGCAGAGGAAGACCAGACACAGAGCCGCCAACCAGAAUUCCACGUCCGAAUACCCAGUUUAAAGACACCCAAGUUUGGAUUUUCCAAAGAAAAAGCGCUAGGGACAGAAGAAAGCACAAUCACCAUCCAGACAGGGCCCACGGAGCAGGAGGACACCCAGGGGGCCAGGCCAACCCCAGUGCCCCUGCCAGAACAGGAGAAACAAAAAGCAGAGGGGGACGCCGCUGGGCAGAGAGAAGAAGACACCAAGAGUGGGGACAAGGCUAUGGAGGGAAAGAUGAAAAUGUUGAAAUUCAAAAUGCCCUCCUUCGGGUGGUCACCAGUGAAGCAGCCAAGGUCAGAGGCAGUGAAACCACCACAGGGAGCAGAGGAGGAAAAAGGAACUGGCAUCACACUCAUGAAUGUGCGGACAGACGUGGGAGGCAUAGAUAUGCAAGGAGAAGACAGAGAGAAACACAGGGCAGAGACACACCCACCAGAAAUAAAAGGAGACAGUGAAGAGAGGAGGAGGAUGGAAGGCAUCGAAUCCCAGGGAGACAAGGCGGUGGCCGCCAGAGACAGGAAGUUCAAAAUGCCCAAGUUCAAGAUGCCGUCCUUCAGCGUCUCGGCACCAAGCAAGUCCGCUGAGGCCACGGUGGACGUGUCCCUGCCCAAGGUACAGGCCGACAUCAAGACCGGAGACCUCGGCACACAGCUCCCAUCAGCCGAGUUGGAGGUCAAGACAGCUGAGGUGGGCGUGAAGCUCCCAGAGGGCAAAGUGCCUGAGGGACAGCUCCAGGAACCCACCGCUGGAGCCGGACUCAAAGGGCACCAGCCCAAGGUGCAGAUCCCCAGCAUCAAGAAGCCCAAGGGGGACAUCAAGGCCCCCGAGGUGGACAUCAAGGGCCCCAGCGUGGACCUGAAAGGCCUCCAGGGGAAGGUGAGUGCCCCCGGUGUGGAGGUGUCUCUGCCCAGCGUGGAGGUGGACGCCCAGGUGCCGGAUGCUAAGCUGGAGGGCGACGUGUCCCUGGGAGACAAGGAGGUGGCCGCCAGAGACAGCAAGUUCAAAAUGCCCAAGUUCAAGAUGCCGUCCUUCAGCAUCUCGGCACCAAGCAAGUCCGCUGAGGCCAUGGUGGACGUGUCCCUGCCCAAGGUACAGGCCGACAUCAAGACCGGAGACCUCGGCACACAGCUCCCAUCAGCCGAGUUGGAGGUCAAGACAGCUGAGGUGGGCGUGAAGCUCCCGGAGGGCAAAGUGCCUGAGGGACAGCUCCAGGAACCCACCGCUGGAGCCGGACUCAAAGGGCACCAGCCCAAGGUGCAGAUCCCCAGCAUCAAGAAGCCCAAAGGGGACAUCAAGGCCCCCCAGGUGGACAUCAAGGGCCCCAGCGUGGACCUGAAAGGCCUCCAGGGGAAGGUGAGCGCCCCCGGUGUGGAGGUGUCUCUGCCCAGCAUGGAGGUGGACGCCCAGGUGCCAGACGCUAAGCUGGAGGGUGACGUGUCCCUGGGAGACAAGGAGGUGGCCGCCAGAGACAGCAAGUUCAAAAUGCCCAAGUUCAAGAUGCCGUCCUUUGGCCUGUCAGCACCAAGCAAGUCCGUCGAGACCUCGGCAGACAGGUCCCAGCCAGAGGUACAGGCCGACAUAUCCCGGCCCUCCAUUGAGGUGGACGUCAAGACCAGAGACCUCAGCAUUGAGCUCCCAUUGGCCGAGCUGAAGGUGAAGACAGUCCAGGUGGGCGGGAAGCUCCCAGAGGGCCAAGUCCCUGAGGGAGAGCUCCCAGAACCCACCACAGGAACCGGACUCAAAGGGCACCUGCCCAAGGUGCAGAUGCCCAGCAUUCAGUUGCCCAAGGUGGACAUCAAGGCCCCCGAGGUGGACGUGAAAGGUGCCAAACUGGACCUGAAGGGCGCCAAAGCAGAGGUGACAGCAUCCGGCGUGGAGGUGUCUCUGUCCAGCGUGGAGGUGGAUGCCAAGGUGCCCGAUGCCAAGCUCGAGGGCAGCGUCACCCCGGGAGACAAGGAGGUGGCCGCCAGAGACAGCAAGUUCACAAUGCCCAAAUUCAAGAUGCCGUCCUUUGGCCUGUCAGCACCAAGCAAGUCUGUCGAGACCUCGGCAGACGUGUCCCUGCCAGAGGCACAGGCCGACAUAUCCCGGCCCUCCAUUGAGGCGGACGUCAAGGCCGGAGACCUCAACAUUGAGCUCCCAUUGGCCGAUCUGAAGGUCAAGACAGCCCAGGUGGGCGGGAAGCUCCCAGAGGGCCAAGUGACCGAGGGAGAGCUCCCGGAACCCGCCACAGGAACCGGACUCAAAGGGCACCUGCCCAAGGUGCAGAUGCCCAGCAUCCAGAUGCCCAAGGUGGACAUCAAGGCCCCCGAGGUGGACGUGAAGAGUGCCAAACUGGACCUGAAGGGCGCCAAGGCGGCGGUGACCGCCCCCAGCGUGGAGGUGUCUCUGCGCAGCGUGGAGGUGGAUGCCAAGAUGCUGGGCCCCAAGCUGGAGGGCGACGUGACCCUGGGGGACAAGGAGGUGGCCGCCAGAGACAGCAAGCUCAGAAUGCCCAAGUUUAAGAUGCCGUCCUUUGGCGUGUCGGCACCAGGGAAGUCCGUCGAGGCCUUGGCGGAUGUGUCCCUGCCCAAGGUACAGGCUGACGUGACCCUGCCCUCUGUGGGAGGAGAGAUCACAGCCCCAGAGGGCAGCGUCCAGCUAUCAUCUGCUGACAUCCACCUGCCAGGGGCAGAGCUGGAGGUGGCCCUGCCUGAGGGAGAGGUGACAGUGGCCGAGCUGAAGGGGAAAGCAGAAGGGGCCAGGAUCGAGGGCCACCUGCCGAAAGUGCAGAUGCCCAGCGUCAAGAUGCCCAAGGUGGACAUCAAGGCCCCCCAGGUGGACAUCAAGGGCCCCAGCAUGGACCUGAAAGGCCUCCAAGGGGAGGUAAGCGCCUCCGGCGUGGAGGUGUCUCUGCCCAGCGUCGAGGUGGACGCCGAGAUGCCAGGCGCCAAGCUGGAGGGCGACGUGUCCCUGGGAGACAAGGAGGUGGCUGCCAGAGACAGCAAGUUCAAAAUGCCGAAGUUCAAGAUGCCGUCUUUCGGCCAGUCGGCACCAAGCAAGUCUGUCGAGACCUCGGCGGAUAUGUCCCUGCCAGAGGUCCAGGCCGACAUAUCUCGGCCCUCCAUUGAGGCGGACGUCAAGACCGGAGACCUCAGCGUUGAGCUCCCAUUGGCUGAACUGAAGGUCAAGACAGCCCAGGUGGGCGGGAAGCUCCCAGAGGGCCAAGUGACCGAGGGAGAGCCUCCGGAACCCGCUGCAGGAACCGGACUCAAAGGGCACCUGCCCAAGGUGCAGAUGCCCAGCAUCCAGAUGCCCAAGGUGGACAUCAUGGCCCCCGAGGUGGACGUGAAGGGCGCCAAACUGGACCUGAAGGGCGCCAAGGCGGAGGUGACCGCCCCCAGCGUGGAGGUGUCUCUGCGCAGCGUGGAGGUGGAUGCCAAGAUCCUGGGUGCCAAGCUGGAGGGUGAUGUGACCCUGGGGGACAAGGAGGUGGCCGCCAGAGACAGCAAGCUCAGAAUGCCCAAGUUCAAGAUGCCGUCCUUCGGCGUGUUGGCGCCAGGCAAGUCCGUCGAUGCCUUGGCGGACGUGUCCCUGCCCAAGGUACAGGCUGACGUCAAGACCAGAGACCUCAGCGUUGAGCUGCCAUUGGCCGAGCUGGAGGUCAAGACAGCCCAGGUGGACGUGGAGCUCCCGGAGGGCCAAGUGCCCAAGCGAGAGCUCCCAGAACCCGCUGCAGCCAGACUCAAAGGCCACCUCACUAAGGUGCAGAUGCCCAGCAUCCAGAUGCCCAAGGUGGACAUCAAGGCCCCCGAGGUGGACAUCCAGGUCGCCAAACUGGACCUGGAGGGCACCAAAGCAGAGGUGACGGCCCCCGGCGUGGGGGUGCCUCUGUCCAGCAUGGAGGUGGAUGCCAAGGUGCCCGGUGCCAAGCUCGAGGGCAGCGUCCCCCCGGGAGACAAGGAGGUGGCCGCCAGAGACAGCAAGUUCAAAAUGCCCAAGUUCAAGAUGCCGUCCUUCAGCGUGUCGGCCCCACGCAAGGAUCUGGGAACAUCUGUGGACGUGCCUGUGCCCAAGGUCGGAGGGGAGGCGACCCUGCACUCCGUAGGAGGAAAGAUCACAGCCCCGGAGGGCAGCGUCCAGCUGUCAUCUGCUGACAUCCACCUGCCAGGGGCAGAGCUGGAGGUGGCCCUGCCUGAGGGAGAGGUGACAGUGGCCGAGCUGAAGGGGAAAGCAGAAGGGGCCAGGAUCGAGGGCCACCUGCCAAAGGUGCAGAUGCCCAGGGUCACGAUGCCCAAGGUGGACGUCAAGGCCCCCCAGGUGGACGUCAAGGGCCCCAGCGUGGACCUGAAAAGCCUCCAGGGGGAGGUAAGCGCCCCCGGUGUGGAGGUGUCUCUGCCCAGUGUUGAGGUGGACGCCGAGGUGCCAGGCGCCAAGCUGGAGGGCGACGUGUCCCUGGGAGACAAGGAGGUGGCUGCCAGAGACAGCAAGUUCAAAAUUCCGAAGUUCAAGAUGCCGUCCUUCGGCCUGUCGGCACCAAGCAAGUCCGUCGAGGCCUCGGUGGAUGUGUCCCUGGCAAAGGUGCAGGCCGACAUAUCCCGGCCCUCCAUUGAGGCGGACGUCAAGACCGGAGACCUCAGCGUUGAGCUCCCAUCGGCCGAGCUGGAGGUGAAGACAGCCCAGGUUGGCGGGAAGCUCCCGGAGGGCCAAGUGACUGAGGGAGAGCUCCCGGAACGCGCCGCAGCCGGACUCAAAGGCCACCUGCCCAAGGUGCCUAUGCCCAGCAUCAAGAUGCCCAAGGUGGACAUCAAGGCCCCCGAGGUGGACAUCAAGGGUGCCAAACAGGACCUGAAGGACGCCAAAGUGGAAGUGACAGCCCCUGGCGUGGAGGUGUCUGUGCCCAGCUUAGAGGUGGACACGCAGGUGCCGGGCACUGAGCUUGAGGGCGACGUUUCCCUGGGAGACAAGGAGGUAGCCGCCAGAGACAGCAAGUUCAAAAUGCCCAAGUUCAAGAUGCCGUCCUUCGGCGUGUCUGCCCCACGCAAGCAUCUGGGAACAUCCGUGGACAUGCCCAUGCCCAAGGGCGGAGGGGAGGUGACCCUGCCCACUGUGGAUGGAGAUAUCACAGCCCCGGAGGGGAGCGUCCAGCUGCCAUCUGCUGAUAUCCACCUCCCAGGGGGAGAGCUGGAGGUGGCCGUGCCCGAGGGAGAGGAGUCGGUGGCUGAGCUGAAGUGCAAAGCAGAAGGGGCCGGGAUCAAGGGCCACCUGCCAAAGGUGCAGAUGCCCAGCGUCAAGAUGCCCAAGGUGGACAUCAAGGCCCCCAAGGAGGACAUCAAGGGCCCCAGCGUGGACCUGAAAGGCCUCCAGGAGGAGGAGAGCGCCCCCGGCGUGGAGGUGUCUCUGCCCAGCAUGGAGGUGGAUGCCAAGAUGCUGGGCACCAAGCUGGAGGGCGACGUGACCCUGGGGGACAAGGAGGUGGCCGCUAGAGACAGCAAGCUCAGAAUGCCCAAGUUCAAGAUGCCGUCCUUUGGCGUGUCGGUGCCAGGCAAGUCCGUCGCGUCCUUGGCGGAUGUGUCCCUGCCCAAGGUACAGGCUGAUGUCAAGACUGGAGACCUCAGCGUUGAGUUGCCAUCGGCCGACCUGGAGGUCAAGACAGCCCAGGUGGGCGGGAAGCUCCCAGAGGGCCAAGUGACCGAGGGAGAGCUCCCAGAAGCUGCCGCAGGUGCCGGACUCAAAGGGCAAAUGCCCAAGGUGCCGAUGCCCAGCAUCCAGAUACCCAAGGUGGACAUCAAGGCCCCCGAGGUGGACGUCAAAGGCGCCAAACUUGACCUGGAGGGCGCCACGGCAGAGGUUUCUGCCCCCAGCGUGGAUGUGUCUCUGCACAGCAUGGCGUUGGAUGCCAAGAUGCUAGGCUCCAAGCUGGAGGGCGACGUGACCCUGGGGGACAAGGAGGUGGCCGCCACAGACAGCAAGUUCACAAUACCCAAGUUCAAGAUGCCGUCCUUCGGCCUGUUGGCACCAAGCAAGUCCGUCGAGGCCUUGGCAGACGUGUCCCUUGCAAAGGCGCAGGCCGACAUGUCCUGGCCCUCCAUCGAGGCGGACGUCAAGACCGGAGACCUCAGCGUUGAGCUCCCAUUAGCCGAGCUGGAGGUCAAGACAGCCCAGGUUGGCGGGAAGCUCCCGGAGGGCCAAGUGACCGAGGGAGAGCUCCCGGAACGCGCUGCAGCCGGACUCAAAGGCCACCUGCCCAAGGUGCAGAUGCCCAGCAUCAAGAUGCCCAAGGUGCACGUCAAGGCCCCUGAGGUGGACCUCAAGGUCGCCAAACUGGACCUGAAGGGCGCCAAGGCGGAGGUGACCGCCCCCAGCGUGGAGGUGUCUCUGCGUAGUGUGGAGGUGGAUGCCAAGAUGCUGGGCACCAAGCUGGAGGGCGACGUGACCCUGGGGGACAAGGAGGUGGCCGCCAGAGACAGCAAGCUCAGAAUGCCCAAGUUCAAGAUGCCGUCCUUCGGCGUGUCGGCGCCAGGCAAGUCCGUCGAGUCCUUGGCGGACGUGUCUCUGCCCAAGGUACAGGCCGACGUCAAAACCGGAGACCUCACCAUUGAGCUGCCAUCGGCCAAGCUGGAGGUCAAGACAGCCCAGGUUGGCGGGGAGCGCCCGGAGGGCCAAGUGACCGAGGGAGAGCUCCCGGAACGAGCCGCCGCCGGGCUCAAAGGCCACCUGCCCAAGGUGCAGAUGCCCCAUAUCACGAUGCCCAAGGUGGACAUCAAGGCCCCCGAGGUGGACAUCAAGGGCACCAAACUGGACCUGAAGGGCACCAAAGUGGAAGUGACAGUCCCUGGUGUAGAGGUGUCUGUGCCCAGCUUAGAGGUGGACACGCAGGUGCCAGGUGCCAAACUUGAGGGCGCCGUGUCCCUGGGAGACAAGGAGGUAGCUGCCAGAGACAGCAAGUUGAAAAUGCCCAAGUUCAAGAUAUCAUCCUUCGGCGUGUCUGCCCCACGCAAGCAUCUGGGAACAUCCGUAGACGUGCCCAUGCCCAAGGGUGGAUGGGAGGUGACCAUGCCUACUGUAGGUGGAGAGAUCACAGCCCCGGAGGGGAGCGUCAAGCUGCCAUCUGCUGAUAUCCACCUGCCAGGGGGUGAGCUGGAGGUGGCCGUGCCCGAGGAAGACGUGGCGGUGGCCAAACUGAAGGGCAAAGCAGAAGGGGCCAGGAUCAAGGGCCACCUGCCAAAGGUGCAGAUGCCCAGUGUGACGAUGCCCAAGGUGGACAUCAAGGCCCCCCAGAUGGACAUCAAGGGCCCCAGUGUGGACCUGAAAGGCCUCCAGGGGGAGGGGAGCGCCCCCGGUGUGGAGGUGUGUCCGCCCAGCGUGGAGGUGGACCUCCAGGUGCCGGGCGACAAGCUGGAGGGUGACGUGUCCCUGGGAGACAAGGAGGUGGCCGCCACAGACAAGAACUUCAAAAUGCCCAAGUCCAAGAUGCCGUCCUUCGGGCUGUCAGCGCCAAGCAAAUCCGGUGAGGCAUCAGCAGACGUGUCCCUGCCUUCCAUCCAGGCUGAUGUCAAGACCGGAGACCUCAGCGUUGAGCUCCCAUCUGCCGAGCUGGAGGUCAAGACAGCCCAGGUGGGCGUGGAGCUCCCGGAGGGCCAAAUGCCCGAGGGACAGCUCCAGGAACUCGGCACUGGAGCCGGAAUCAAAGGGCACCAGCCCAAGGUGCAGAUGCCCAGCAUCAAGAAGCCCAAGGGGGACAUCAAGGCCCCCCAGGUGGAUAUCAAGGGCACCAGCGUGGACCUGAAAGGCAUCCAGGCGAAGGUGAGCACCCCCGGUGUGGAGGUGUCUCUGCCCAGCGUGGAGGUGGACGCCCAGGUGCCGGGCGCCAAGCUGGAGGGCGACGCGUCCCUGGGAGACAAGGAGAUGGCUGCCACAGACAGCAAGUUCAAAAUGCCCAAGUUCGAGAUGCCAUCCUUUGGGCUGUCGGCACCAAGGAAGUCCGUCGAGACCUCGGCAGACGUGUCCCUUCCAAAGGUCCAGGCUGACGUGUCCCGGCCCUCCAUCGAGGCUGACGUCAAGACCGGAGACCUCAGCGUUGAGCUCCCAUUGGCCAAGCUGGACGUCAAGACAGCCCAGGUUGGCGGGAAGCUCCCAGAUGGCCAAGUGACGGAGGGAGAGCUCCCAGAACCCGCCACAGGAGCCGGACUCAAAGGGCACCUGCCCAAGGUGCAGAUGCCCAGCAUCAAGAUGCCCAAGGUGGACAUCAAGGCCCCCAAGGUGGACAUCAAGGUCCCCAAACUGGACCUGCAGGGCGCCAAGGUGGAGGUGACCGCCCCCAGCGUGGAGGUGUCUCUGCAGAGCGUGGAGGUGGAUGCCAAGAUGCUGGGCACCAAGCUGGAGGGCGACGUGACCCCGGGGGACAAGGAGGUGGCCGCCAGAGACAGCAAGCUCAGAAUGCCCAAGUUCAAGGUGCCGUCCUUCGGCGUGUCGGCGCCAGGCAAGUCUGUCGAGUCCUUGGCGGACGUGUCCCUGCCCAAGGUACAGGCUGACGUCAAGACUGGAGACCUCAGCGUUGAGCUGUCAUCGGCCGAGCUGGAGGUCAAGUCGGCCCAGGUGGGCGGGAAGCUCCCAGAGGGCCAACUGACCGAGGGAGAGCUCCCAGAACCUGCCGCAGGAGCUGGACUCAAACGGCAAAUGCCCAAGGUGCCGAUGCCCAGCAUCCAGAUGCCCAAGGUGGACAUAAAGGCCUCCGAGGUGGACGUCAAAGGCGCCAAACUUAACCUGGAGGGCGCCAAGGCAGAGGUGACCGCCCCCAGCGUGGAGGUGUCUCCACACAGCAUGGAGGUGGAUGCCAAGAUGCUAGGCUCCAAGCUGGAGGGCGACGUGACCCUGGGGGACAAGGAGGUGGCCACCAGAGACAGCAAGUUCAAAAUGCCCAAGUUCAAGAUGCCGUCCUUCAGCGUGUCGGCCCCACGCAAGGAUCUGGGAAUAUCCGUGGACGUGCCCAUGCCCAAGGUCGGAGGGGAGGUGACCCUGCCCUCUGUGGGAGGAGAGAUCACAGCCCCGGAGGGCAGCGUCCAGCUGUCAUCUGCUGAUAUCCACCUGCCAGGGGCAGAGCUGGAGGUGGCCCUGCCCGAGGGAGAGGUGGCAGUGGCCGAGCUGAAGGGCAAAGCAGAAGGGGUCUGGAUCGAGGGCCACCAGCCAAAGGUGCAAAUGCCCAGCAUCAAGACGCCCAAGGUGGACAUCAAGGCCCCCCAGUUGGACAUCAAGGGCCCCAGCGUGGACCAGAAAGGCCUCCAGGGAGAGGUGAGCGCCCCCGGCGUGGCGAUGUCUCUGCCCAGUGUGGAGGUGGACGCUCAGGUGCCAGGCGCCAAGCUGGAGGGGGACCCGUCCCUGGGAGACAAGGAUGUGGCUGCCAGAGACAGCAAUUUCAAAAUGCCCAUGUUCACGAUGCCAUCCUUCGGCCUGUCGGCACCAAGCAAGUCCGUCGAGGCCUCGGAGGACGUUUCCCUGGCAAAGGUCCAGGCCGACAUGUCCCUGCCCUCAAUCCAGUCCGACGUCAAGACCGCAGACCUCAUCCUUGAGCUCCCAUCGGCCAAGCUGGAGGUCACAACAGCCCAGGGGGGCGGGAAGCUCCCAGAGGGCCAAGUGACCGAGGGAGAGCUCCCGGAAGGUACUGCAGCCGGACUCAAAGGGCACCUGCCCAAGAUGCAGAUGCCCAGCAUCCAGAUGCCCAUGGUGGACAUCAAGGCCCCCGAGGUGGACGUCAAGGGAGCCAAACUGGACCUGAAGGGCGCCAAAGCGGAGGUGAGCACCCCCGAGGUGGAGGUUUCUCUGCCCAGCGUGGACGUGGAUGCCAAGGUGCCGGGCGCUAAGCUCGAAGGCGACGACACCCCUGGAGAAAAGGAGGUGGCCGCCAGAGACAGCAAAUUCAAAAUGCCCAAGUUCAAGAUGCCCUCCUUCGGCGUGUCUGCCCCACGGAAGGAUCUGGGAACAUCAGUGGACGUGGCCGUGUCCAAGGUCGGAGGGGAGGCUACCCUGCCCUACAUGGGAGGAGAGAUCACAGCCCCGGAGAGCAGCGUCCAGCUGUCAUCUGCUCAUAUCCACCUGCCAGGGACAGAACUUGAGGUGGCCCUGACCGAGGGGGAGGUGGCAGUGACCGAGCUGAAGGGGAAAGCAGAAGGGGCCAGGAUCAAGGGCCACCUGCCAAAGGUGCAGAUGCCCAGCAUCAAGAAGCCUAAGGUGGACAUCAAGGCCCCCCAGGUGGACAUCAAGGGCCCCAGCGUCGACCUGAAAGGCCUCCAGGGGAAGGUGAGCACCCCCGGUGUGGAGGUGUCUCUGCCCAGCGUGGAGGUGGAUGCCCAGGUGCCGGACACCAAACUGGAGGGCGAUGUGUCCCUGGGAGACAAGGAGGUGGCCGCCGCAGACAGCAAGUUCAAAAUGCCCAAGUUCAAGAUGCCGUCCUUUGGGCUGUCGGCACCAAGCAGGUCCAUCGAGACCUCGGCAGACGUGUCCCUGCCAAAGGUCCAGGCUUACAUGUCCCGGCCCUCCAUCGAAGCCGACGUCAAGACCGGAGACCUCAGUGUUGAGUUCCCAUCGGCCGAGCUGGAGGUCAAGACAGCCCAGGUUGGCGGGAAGCUCCCAGAGGGCCAAGUGACCGAGGGAGAGCUCCCGGAUCCAGCCGCUGGAGCCGGACUACAAGGGCACCUGCCCAAGGUGCAAAUGCCCAGCAUCAAGAUGCCCAAAGUGGACAUCAAGGCCCCCCAGGUGGACGUCAAGGGCGCCAAACUUGACCUGAAGGGCCCCAAAAUGGAAGUGACAGCCCCCGGUGUGGGGGUGUCUGUGCCCAGCUUAGAGGUGGACACGCAGUUGCCGGGCGCCAAGUUUGAGGGUGACAUGUCCCUGGGAGACAAGGAGGUAGCCGCAAGAGACAGCAAGUUCAAAAUGCCCAAGUUCAAGAUGCCGUCCUUCGGCGUGUCUGCCCCACGCAAGCAUCUGGGAACAUCCGUGGAUGUGCCCAUACCCAAGGUCGGAGAGGAGGGGACCCUGCCCUCUGUGGGUGGAGAGAUCACAGCCCCGGACGGGAUCGUCCAGGUGCCAUCUGCUGAUAUCCACCUGCCAGGGGCAGAGCUGGAGGUGGCCCUGCCCGAGGGAGAGGUGGCAGUGGCCGAGCUGAAGGGCAAAGCAGAAGGGGCCCGGAUCAAGGGCCACCUGCAAAAGGUGCAGAUGCCCAGCGUCAAGAUGCCCAAGGUGGACAUCAAGGCCCCCCCAGUGGACAUCAAAGGCCCCAGCGUGGACCUGAAAGGCCUCCAGGGGGAGGGGAGCGCCCCCUGUGUGCAGGUGUCUCUGCCCAGCGUGGAGGUGGACGCCCAGGUGCCGGGUGCCAAGCUGGAGGGCGACGUGUCCCUGGGAGACAAGGAGGUGGCCACCACAGACAGGAAGUUCAAAAUGCCCAAGUCCAAGAUGCCGUCCUUGGGGCUGUCGGCACCAAGCAAAUCAGUCGAGGCAUCAGCAGACGUGUCCCUGCCAAAGGUACAGGCUGACGUGUCCCUGCCCUCCAUCCAGGCUGACGUCAAGACCGGAGACCUCAGCGUUGAGCUCCCAUCUGCCGAGCUGGAGGUCAAGACAGCCCAGGUGGGCGUGGAGCUCCCGGAGGGCCAAGUCCCUGAGGGAGAGCUCCAGGAACUCACCACUGGAGCCGGACUCAAAGGGCACCAGCCCAAGGUGCAGAUGCCCAGCAUCAAGAAGCCCAAGGGGGACAUCAAGGCCCCCCAGGUGGACAUCAAGGGCGCCAGCGUGGACCUGAAAGGCCUCCAGGCGAAGAUGAGCGCCCCCGGUGUGGAGGUGUCUCUGCCCAGCGUGGAGGUGGACGCCCAGGUGCCGGGCGCCGAGCUGGAGGGCGACGCGUCCCUGGGAGACAAGGAGAUGGCCGGCACAGACAGCAAGUUCAAAAUGCCCAAGUUCAAGAUGCCGUCCUUUGGGCUGUCGGCACCAAGCAAGUCCGUCAAGACCUCGGCAGAUGUGUCCCUUCCAAAGGUCCAGGCUGACGUGUCCCUGUCCUCCAUCCAGGCUGACGUCAAGACCGGAGACCUCAGCGUUGAGCUCCCAUCUGCCGAGCUGGAGGUCAAGACAGCCCAGGUGGGCGUGGAGCUCCCAGAGGGCCAAGUCCCUGAGGGAGAGCUCCAGGAACUCGCCACUGGAGCCGGAAUCAAAGGGCACCAGCCCAAGGUGCAGAUGCCCAGCAUCAAGAAGCCCAAGGGGGACAUCAAGGCCCCCCAGGUGGACAUCAAGGGCGCCAGCGUGGACCUGAAAGGCCUCCAGGCGAAGGUGAGCGCCCCCGGUGUGGAGGUGUCUCUGCCCAGCGUGGAGGUGGAUGCCCAGGUGCCGGGCGCCAAACUGGAGGGCGACGUGUCCCUGGGAGACAAGCAGGUGGCCGCAGACAGCAAGUUCAAAAUGCCCAAGUUCAAGAUGCCGUCCUUUGGGCUCUCGGCACCAAGCAAGUCCGUUGAGACCUCCGCAGACGUGUCUCUGCCAAAGGUCCAGGCUGACGUGUCCCGGCCCUCUAUCGAAGCCGACGUCAAGACUGGAGACCUCAGUGUUGAGCUCCCAUCGGCCGAGCUGGAGGUCAAGACAGCCCAGGUGGGCCGGAAGCUCCCGGAGGGCCAAGUGCCUGAGGGAGAGCUCCCGGAACCCGCCACUGGAGCCGGAUUCAAAGGGCACCUGCCCAAGGUGCUGAUGCCCAGCAUCAAGAUGCCCAAGGUGGACAUCAAGGCCCCCCAGGUGGACAUCAGAGGCGCCAAAGUGGACCUGAAGGGCAGCAAACGGGAGGUGACUGCCCCCAAAGUGGAGGUGUCUUUGCCCAGCGUGGAGAUGGACACUCAGGUGCCGGGUGCCAAGCUCGAGGGCGACGUGUCCCUGGGAGAUAAGGAGGUUGCCGCCAGAGACAGCAAGUUCAAAAUGCCCAAGUUCAAGAUGCCGUCCUUUGGCCUGUCGGCACCAGGCCAGCCCGUUGACACCUCGGCGGACGUGUCCCUGCCCAAGGUACAGGCCGACAUCAAGACCGGAGACCUCACCAUUGAGCUCCCAUCUGCCGAGCUGGAGGUCAAGACAGCCCAGGUGGGCGUGAAGCUCCCGGAGGGCCAAGUACCCGAGGGAGAGCUCCAGGAAUCCACCACUGGAGCUGGACUCAAAGGGCACCUGCCCAAGGUGCAGAUGCCCAGCAUCAAAAUGCCCAAGGUGGACACCAAGGCCCCCCAGCUGGACAUCAAGGGGCCCAAAAUGGACGCGAAGAGCGCCCAAGUGGAGGUGAGCACCCCCGGGGUGGAGGUGUCUCUGCCCAGUGCGCAGGUGGACGCCGAGCUGCCAGAUGCCAAGGUCGAGGGUGCCGUGUCCCUGGGAGACGAGGAGGUGGCCGCCAGAGACAGAAAGUUCAAAAUGCCCAAGUUCAAGAUGCCGUCCUUCGGCGUGUCGUCCUCAGGCAAGGAUCUGGGAACAUCCGCAGACGUGCUAGUGUGCAAGGUCGGAGGGAAGGCGACCCUGCCCUCCGUGGGAGGAGAGAUCACAGACCCUGAGGGCAGCGUCCAGCUGUCAUCUGCUGAUAUCCACCUGCCAGGGGGAGAGCUGGAGGUGGCCCUUCCUGAGGGAGAGGUGGCGGUGGCCGAGCUGAAGGGCAAAGCAGACGGGGCCAGGAUCAAGGGCCACCUGCCAAAGGCGCAGAUGCCCAGCAUCAAGAUGCCCAAGGUGGACAUCAAGGCCCCCCAGGUGGACAUCAAGGGCCCCAGCGUGGACCUGAAAGGCCUCCAGGGGGAGGGGAGCGCCCCCGGUGUGGAGGUGCCUCUGCGCAGCGUGGAGGUUGAUGCCCAGGUGUCGGGCGCCAAGCUGGAGGGCAACGUGUCCCUGAGAGACAAGGAGGUGGCCGCUAGAGAUAGCAAGUUCGGAAUGCCUAAAGUCAGCAUGUCCUUUUUCAGUCCGCCAUCCAGUAGGGCUUAUGUAAUUCAGGGACAUUUUGAAGAUGCUGAGGUGACUGUUUCUUCAGGUGACUUGGGUCCUGACAUCCCUGCAGGUGAACAUAGUGUUUCCAAAGUCAGUGUUGAUUCGAGCCUGUCACUUGGAAAAGGUGGAGAAAAAGGUAAACCCAAGAAAAGCCAUUUCAAGUUUCCCAAAGUCUUCUCUCAUCCUGAGAGAACGCUUGGAGGCGCUGUCGCACUGGAUACAGAAUCUGGGGUUCCUCUUCCCCAGAGUGUCUCGGCCACCCCCUCAGAGGUUGGUGGGGGCGGGUCAUGUGGGGAGCCUUCCCUGCAGGUGCCCAGACUAGCCUGGCCUGGUUUUCCUUUAGCCAAGCUUGAUCUCACUGGUCUUCAAAUGGAAACCUCUACCCUCACUCCGUGCGAGGGCGUCACACUUACAAAAUACCAGGUGACAGUCCCCCAAGCCGCCAUCCCUGUGGAGCUGCCUCAGGAAACCCUUUCUGGGUCCCAGGUCGACGCUCACCUUCCCAGCACAGAAAGCUCUGCAGACCCCCCUCGUGGUGAGCGAGUUCCAUUGUCCCAAACUGACCAUCACCCUGGCCCAGUGGAACCCCUGUUUCCUGCAUCUUAUGGGCAGGUGAGUUUUCCUAUAUUUCAUCGACCAAAGUUCGGGUUUUCAGUCCCAAUGGCAGCAGAGGCUGAGGUGGAGCCCCGUGCUGCGGAGCACGCCCCUGCCCUGUCUCCUCCUAGCCCUGCGUGGGGACUGGACUCCUCGGCCAAGGAAGCCACUGUGUUCCCUAUGCCAGGCACUCACCUGCCAUCCACAGGUGUCUCCAUGUCCAAGGGGCCAGAGGGACCCCAGGACACCAUGGAGGCGCCAGCAAUAGCCCCAGCUGAAGCCCCAGGUGAAGAAGCCGACCGUGAAGGCAAAAGCAGUUCUUUAAAAAGGCAGAAGUUCAAGCUUCCGUCCCUUAGGUGGUCCCCAAAGAAGGGGGCAGGGCCCAAAGGGGACCCUGGACAUAGCCUGGAAGACGCCAAGCUCAGCGUAGCCGUAGGCGUGGGCCCGACGGGUGUCCCGCCCGAGGUACAUGUUCCAGAAAUGGAAGUGCACGUGGAUGUGCCUCCUGGGAAGGACGGAGAGAAGGGAAGGGUCCAGACACCUUUUAAGGCUUCUAAGGGAGGGGCCGGCCUGCCACAAGGCGGCCCAGAUCCCUCUCUCUCUAGUUCCCCCACAGAGGGUGACCCUCACGCCACAGUGAGGGCCAGCGGUGAGGGUGUUGGGGGCAUUGGUGCAAUGGUGGGCCCCCCAACAGAAGCCCCCCUCCAGCCAUCCUGUAGGGCACCAGAUGGCACGGCAGAAAGGCCAGAAGGGGACGCCGCCGCGGGAGAAGUGCAGACGGGAUCGCAGGAGAGCUGGUUUAGAAUGCCCGCGCUCCGCCUGCCCGUCUUCCGGCGCUCUGCCAAGGAGAAAAGUGGGGCUGGGGGCCCGGGGGCGCAGACACCCGCACCUGCUGCCAGCACGCCAGCACCAGCCACAGUCAAGAGUCAGGGGGCCCACGUUUCUGGGUCAGAAGUGGAGCCUACGACGUCCUUGCAGUCCCCAGAGGCAGACGCAGACACGACGGCUGCGGAGAGCGCGUCCUACGCAGAUGUUCUAAGGCGAAAUCUUGACGAGAAAGGCUUGAAGCUGCACCUCCCUCCUGACGGCUCGUCCACCGCUGAGCUUUCCACUCCAGAGGCCACGGGCCGUCCCACUGAAGGCUCCCUCCCCCUUCAGGUGCUCAGCGGUGGGAGACUGUCAGAAACCCAAGCUGCUCUGGGAGAAGCGGGCAAGACUCCUCUCCCUGGGCCAGCAGGACCUGCCGGAGAGGGAGAGAGAACAGAGGACCGGUCUUCCUGUCCCGAAGGCCCUCUGAAACUGAAGGCCUCAAGUACUGACAUGCCAUCUCAGGUUUCCGUGGUCACCAUGGGUCAGCUCUGGGAAGACUCUGUGCUAACUGUCAAGUUCCCCAAGUUAGAGGUCCCGAGAUUCUCCUUCCCCACGCGUAGCUCUGAGGCCGACGUUUUUGUCCCCACCGUGAGAGCGGUGCAGUGCUCUGAGAGCAGCCUCGACAUCGCCCUGAGUCAGGAAAGCCCUGGAGUCUGGGGUGCGAGCAUCCUGAAGACAGGCGCUGGGGUCCCUGGGGAGCAGCCUGUGGCCCUUGACCCCUCCUUGGAAGCUUCCCCCAUUUCUAAGGUCAGAGUGCGCAUUCAAGGUGCUCAGGUUGGGAGCCAAGAGGUCACCAUCCACAGCAGGGUGACAGCAGAGUUUGCUGACCUCUCGGGACCUGAGGCUAUUUCCACUCAGAUUGUGCGGGAAUCGGAGAUCGCUGCGUCCGAGAUCCAACCGCCGCCUUACGGAUUUUCCUUGCUAAAGGGGAAGGGUCCAGAGCCCCCCACGCAGGCUGGGGUGCACACGCUAACUCAAGACUCUCAGCCGAGGGAGGAUCUGCAAGAGGCUCCCCAACAAGUCGCCCCAGGAGCAGACCCCAUUGCUGGAGACCUCCAGCCCGAUACUGGAGAACCAUUUGAAAUCAUCUCUUCCAGCGUCGGCGUGCCUGGACCACAAAUGUGUACGUUUGAAGUUCACUCUGGCCACCAGUUUGCAGACAGCUGUUCCGACGAGGAGCCUGCGGAAAUUCUCGAAUUUCCCCCUGAAGAUAGCCAAGAGGCAGCCGCAGAUGAAGACAGGGCUCUGAACGAGAAGCCCGAAAGUAAAAGAUCUUCUGGUCUGUUCAGGUUUUGGCUUCCAAAUAUCGGAUUUUCUUCUUCCGUCGACGAGACCAGCGCCGAAUCCAAAGGCGAAGUUCUGAAAUCUGCCCCCGUCCAGACGCAGCCCGAGGCUCGGCCGGAGGCAGAAACGCCUGAAAAACAGGAGAAGGCGGGCUGGUUUCGAUUUCCCAAAUUAGGGUUCUCCUCGUCUCCUACCAAGAAAAGCAAAACCUCUAAGGAUGAGGCAGGUCCGGCAGAGCAGAAAGUCCAGGAAGAAACAGUCACCUUUUUCGAUGCCCGAGAAAGCUUCUCCCCCGAGGAGGAGGACGGCAGACUGGCAGAGGCUGCGGGCGCCGGGCCAGGCUCCGGAGCGAUGGUGUCCUCGUCAGCAAGAACCGAGUUAAUCCUGCUGGAGCAGGACAAAGAAGCCAGCGACGAAUCCACACCCGGGCCCGCCACCAAAUGAGUCACACUGGAUGGUGUGACUUUUCGGCGGAGGACGUGUGCAAGCGAAGCUGGAGGCUGUGGCGGGCACGGGCACCCAUCCUGACAGCGCGUCCCCCUCAGUUCACAGAACUGAGAACUAACAGAGAUGCACGAGAACAACGUGCCACCGUCGCACAUCCUCCAAAGCCCUCCAGAAAAGUGCCCAGGUCCUCCCGAGCUUUGGAAGUGGAGGGGCCUCCUGACUCCCCACAAGAGUCCACACACGCUCUGGUGCUCUCGAGGCGCUGCUGGAGAAAGGUCUUCAUUUAAUACGUUUCAAAAGACCUGCCCCAGUGCCCAUGAGGACAGGCCUGUUUCUCUGAGCAAGGGGUUCUAACAGCCGCGGUGUGAGCAGUUUCCAUAUAACUCCUGUCCUGCUGCUGCUGCUUCCUGGCGAAGGUAGUUUCUGUGUUCCAGGCACAGUCCGGCGUGUUCCAGGAAGCCCCAUUCCCUGCUCACUUGUUUACUCCUUUUGACUGUCUCGCCAAGGCAAGCUUUGUGAUGCUUCGUGGACAAUGCGUGCGUGCUGGGCAGAAGGGUGGUAGCCGAUGGCUGCCUGGCAGCUGUGCCCCUGGCGGCUGUGGGCAGGGUGAGCCAGCAGAGGUCCCGACGUCCAGGAGUUGCCAUGAGACGUCUGUGCGUGUCCCCUUGCCUGCUGGCCUCUGACUGUGCCUCUCUCGUGGGCACAGCUCCUGCAUGGCCCCCGAGCCCCUUCCUGUGUACGCUGCAGCUGGACUGCGGAUGGAACCUACUGGGCUGUUCCCUGGAUGGGCAAUAAAGGAAAAUGGUGUCCACAGUACGGCUGCCGAGGGCUUGUGUUCUGGGGUGGAAACCCACCCCUGUCCUUGCAUUCCUCCCAGGUGCUCCCCGUCCUAGUCUCUGCUCAGUUGCUCUAGGAGACAGCCAAGGUGAAUCUUUGAGUGGUUGUCACUUACCUGUCUGUCCGUCCGGACCCUCCUCUGAGCCAGCAGCUGUGAGAGGCCAAGAGGGAGAAGGCACGGGCCCAGGAGUUUGCAGCGUGGCACGGGACACAGACACAACACUCCCAGCCCAGCUCGAAGGCGGCACAAGGACACGGUGCCAUGGGCAGAGCCCGGAAGCGCAGAGAGAGAGGUCCUUGGCAGGGGCGGUUGGCUGGGUCCUAAGCCUGAUAGGGCCCAUCUCAGAAGCUUCCUGCACCACAGCGGCCCUCCUUCCGAGCAGCCCACGGGAAAUAAACCCACCUGGGAUAGUGGAACGAG